UUGAGUAAAUUUAGCUUCAAAUAUUCAUACGAAAAAUUAUAUCUUGUCAAUUAUUUGUUCCGAUCUUUCUCAGUCAAGAUAAUCUGUAACUUCAUUUUUUUGCAUUUGCUUAUGUGAAAUCUAGACAGGCUGAUUAACAACGAUGACAGGAGAUAUUUGUGAUGAAAUGUCAACAAUAAUUCCUGAGUUAAUUGUUCGAAGACCAGUAUACCAGCAAGAUGAUUUACUAAAAUUAUCUCACUACACUAAUCCGCAAAAACCAUUCAGCAAAAAGAUUGCCCACAAGUUCAAGAAAAUUCAGCCUACAUCCUGUUUCCGGCGUACAGUACCUAUUUUCGAUUGGUUACCUCGUUAUAAAUGGAAAAAAGAUUUAUAUGGAGAUAUCAUUGCGGGAGUUACAGUUGCGGUCAUGCAUAUACCUCAAGGUAUGGCUUAUGCAAUGUUAGGAAACGUUCCUGCUAUAACUGGAAUAUACAUGGCAUUUUUUCCUGUACUUAUCUACUUUAUAUUUGGAACAUCAAAACACAAUUCUAUGGGUACUUUUGCUGUCAUUUGUAUGAUGACUGGUAAAAUUGUCUUAGCUCAUAGUACUUUUCUUGCAUCGAAUCCGAACAAUUCCACUGCUUUACAUACGGAUUACAAAGUAUCUGCGAGCCAAGAAGUAAAUUUAUAUUCACCUACAGAAGUUGCUGCUGCCGUGACAUUCAUGGUUUCGAUUAUGCAGCUAGCAAUGUACUUUUUGCGCCUAGGUAUAAUAUCAACUUUAUUAUCUGAUGCGUUAGUUAGCGGAUUUACUACAGCUGCAGCAGUACAUGUAUUUGUAUCUCAGAUCAAAGAUCUUUUAGGACUAAAGCUCAAAAAACGCAACGAUAUUUUCAAAGUUAUUUUGACAUUUUAUGACAUCUUUGCAAAUAUUCAUGAGGUAAAUAUUGCAGCUGCAAUUAUCUCAGCAAUAACAAUUAUUGUUAUAAUUUUUAACAACGAAGUAUUAAAGCCCCGAGCAGCCAAAUUAUGCAGGUUUCCUAUUCCUAUCGAAAUGAUUGUAGUUGUCUUAGGCACAAUUUUAUCGAUCUAUACUGAUUUGGAAAAUAAUUACAGUAUUACUACCGUUGGAAAAAUUCCUGUUGGUUUGCCUCAUCCUAUAUUACCUCCUAUGGAAUUAUUAUCGAAUAUAAUUUUAGAUAGUUUUGUAAUCACUAUGAUAUCCUACACAAUAUCCAUGUCAAUGGCUCUUAUUUUUGCUCAAAAAUGCAAUUAUGAAGUCGAUUCCAAUCAAGAAUUAUUCGCCCAGGGUUUAGGAAAUUUAGUAGGUUCUUUUUUUUCUUGUAUGCCAUUUUGUGCAUCCUUAUCAAGAUCUCUGAUUCAACAAUCUGUUGGGGGACGGAGUCAAAUAUCGAGCUUAAUUUCAUGUGGAAUUUUAUUAUUUGUUCUUUUAUGGAUUGGACCAUUUUUUGAAUUAUUACCAAGGUGUGUUUUAGCAAGUAUCAUAGUUGUGGCUCUCAAAGGCAUGCUGAUGCAAAUAAAGGAUUUUCUCCGUUUCUUAAAAUUAUCAAGUGCUGAUGCAACAAUAUGGUUAGCCACUUUUUUAUCAGUUAAUAUUUUUGAUAUUGAGUACGGAUUGAUGGUUGGAGCAUUAGUAUGUUUGGCUAAUUUAUUAGCUCUUUCAACUCGACCAUACACUUGUAUACUUGGACGAUUACCCGGAACUGAAAUUUAUCUUGAUACAGAGAGAUUCAAAAAGGCAGUCGAAAUACCUGGAAUUAAAAUUUUCCACUACUGCGGAGGCUUGAAUUUUGCUUCAAAAACGAAAUUUCGAAGAGAAUUAUAUAAAAUAGCUGAUGUUAUUAUAAAUCAAGAGCUAUCAUCUGGUAAAAAAACUAUCACGAACGAUAAUACCAUCCACGAACAUCAAGAUUCGGAAAAGGUAUUUGAACUGAUCACUGACCAUAAGCCACUAGAAGUGAUUUUUGGAGAAAAAUCCAAGCCAUGUGCUAGAAUUGAACGAUGGGUUCUAAGAUUACAAGCAUACCAAUAUAAAAUAAUCUACAAACCAGGCAAAUCAAAUAUUGCAGACCCUCUUUCUCGUUUGUGCAAAAUAAAACAAGAGCAGCCGUUCGACAAUGAAAACUAUAUCAAUCUGAUCGUAGUACAGCCGACCUGUGGCAGUAUCGCUGAGCCAAAUCCGACAAGAAUCAAGAAUAAACAAGAAGAUUCUAUUAAUCAGAAAAGAGGAAAUAAAAUAGUCAUUCCAGAAAAUCUGCGACAACAGGUCCUAAAAGCAGCUCAUGAAGGUCAUCCAGGUAUAGUAGCCAUGAAAGGGCGUCUGCGGACAAAAGUAUGGUGGUCGGGAAUCGAUAAAGAUGCAGAAAAUAUAGUAAAAAAUUGUAAGGGUCGUACCCUAGUUUCUGCACCAGAUCCUCCAAAUCCAAUGAAACGACGUGAACUCCCGGUUGCACCAUGGGCGGAUGUGUCAUUAGAUUUCAUGGGGCCCUUACCAAGUAAAUAUUACAUCUUUUUAGUAGUUGAUUACUACUGCAGAUACAAGGAGAUAAAAAUCAUGAGAAGCACAACCACUGAAGACACAAUUAAAGUUUCAAAAGAAAUAUUUUCCAGAUUAGGUUUUCCAUCAAUAAUCACUUCGUACAAUGAACCUCAGUUCAAAAGUGAUACAUUCGCAGAAUUUUGUAGGCAGUGUAGCAUCGUUCACCUUGCUACCAUUCCCUACUGGCCACAGAUGAACGGUGAAGUAGAAGGCCAAAAUAGGAGCGUGCUAAAAAGACUAAAAAUUAGUCAAAUAGAAAAAAAAGACAGGAAAGCAGAUCUUAUGGACUAUUUAAUGAUGUACAAUAGCACUCCUCAGGCAACUACCGGAAAAACACCGUCAGAACUGUUCUAUGGACGACAAUUUAGGGACAAGUUACCAACCAUUUCUGAUUUUGGAAAAAAUUGGACGAACGAUGAAGAGAUGAGAAAGCUCGAAAACUUCAACAUCGGCGAGGAAUCAAUUUCUCUGGAAAUCGACGGAGAGACGGUGUUCGUCUGCACCGAGUCUGGGGCAAGACAUCAGGUGUCGGAAAUCUCCGACGAGACCAGACGAGUUAUAGCUGCAUCCAUCGCUUCGACAAACUCCGAUCAGCGUCAGAGUGACAACGCCGACUUGACAGAGACCAAGCAUGACGAACAACAGCCAAAGGUGAACUCGGUCGACGCCGUAAAUAACCCAGAGAAGUCAGGUGACAAACCUGAACCUACGGAUCAGUCGAAAGAGCUGGAAGAGAUGACGAACCAGCUGAAUGCUAGAAUUGCCGCGCUAGAAAAGGAAAAUGAAGAUGCUAGAGCUAAAUUAAAAAAAAAGCACCAAUGA